AUGAAAAUUCCAACUCAGACCCGCCAAAAGAUAUCAAAAACCCAGCAAAACCCAGAAAUGGAAUCUGCCAACGAUUUAGAGAGAGAAAGUGAGGCCAAAACAUUUUGUACGCCUCAGAUCUGCGGCUGCACCGUAGCCGCGAAACACAGGAUUCCUCCUCCUGCGGAUGACGUGGCAGAUGACGUGGCUGCUGACGUGGCUGCUGACGUGGCUGCUGACGUGGCUGCUGACGUGGCUGCUGACGUGGCUGCUGACGUGGCUGCUGACGUGGCUGCUGACGUGGCUGCUGACGUGGCUGCUGACGUGGCUGCUGACGUGGCUGCUGACGUGGCUGCUGACGUGGCUGCUGACGUGGCUGCUGACGUGGCUGCUGACGUGGCUGCUGACGUGGCUGCUGACGUGGCUGCUGACGUGGCUGCUGACGUGGCUGCUGACGUGGCUGCUGACGUGGCUGCUGACGUGGCUGCUGACGUGGCUGCUGACGUGGCUGCUGACGUGGCUGCUGACGUGGCUGCUGACGUGGCUGCUGACGUGGCUGCUGACGUGGCUGCUGACGUGGCUGCUGACGUGGCUGCUGACGUGGCUGCUGACGUGGCUGCUGACGUGGCUGCUGACGUGGCUGCUGACGUGGCUGCUGACGUGGCUGCUGACGUGGCUGCUGACGUGGCUGCUGACGUGGCUGCUGACGUGGCUGCUGACGUGGCUGCUGACGUGGCUGCUGACGUGGCUGCUGACGUGGCUGCUGACGUGGCUGCUGACGUGGCUGCUGACGUGGCUGCUGACGUGGCUGCUGACGUGGCUGCUGACGUGGCUGCUGACGUGGCUGCUGACGUGGCUGCUGACGUGGCUGCUGACGUGGCUGCUGACGUGGCUGCUGACGUGGCUGCUGACGUGGCUGCUGACGUGGCUGCUGACGUGGCUGCUGACGUGGCUGCUGACGUGGCUGCUGACGUGGCUGCUGACGUGGCUGCUGACGUGGCUGCUGACGUGGCUGCUGACGUGGCUGCUGACGUGGCUGCUGACGUGGCUGCUGACGUGGCUGCUGACGUGGCUGCUGACGUGGCUGCUGACGUGGCUGCUGACGUGUGCCAACUUCAAUGCUCAAGUGAAAUGUUUCACCCGGCAACAGUAGCUAGAUUGACCAUGGUGAGGGAUGAGAGGCUGCUACUUGCAAAGCCAUGA